AUGGCAUUGAGCAGUCUUUCAAUCGGGGUCGCCCUCACACCGACCGUCGUUUCCACGCUCUUUUCUCAUUACGCCAACCGUAAAACCCUCCACAAUAAACCCAAUGUCCACCUCUCCUACGAUGAGGGGAUCUCGGUGAUCCGCGAGUUUAUCGAUUUCAGCUCCAAGCGUCCGAUUGAGUAUAUCCAGGAAUUCACCGCGCAGCGCGUUCCCGCGCCGCACUGGGUGCGGAUCGAGCGAGUCUCGGUCGCAGAGGAGUUUCUGUCAGAGUCGGCGGCCCUAAUCAUCAAGCAACUGGGUCCGCGGGGCGUUGCGCAGGUCGGGGGUGAGAAAUGGUGGCAGUGGCGCGGUCCGUCAGGGGACAAGAAUAAUGGAGAAUUGCGAGGCGAGUGGAUUGAGAUGCAUAGCGACUAUAAUGCGCGGAAACACGCUGCGAAAACCGACUCGAGCAACAGGCGCAUCAUGCUGUACAUUCAUGGCGGCGCGUACUAUUUCGGGAGUGUGCAGACGCAUCGGUAUCAGCUGCAGCGGCAUGCGAGGAAGCUCAAGGGGAGGGUCUUUGCACGGAUGCUCGUCAUUUGCCGUGACCAAGGACUGCCGCUACCGGCUGGCGCAAUACUGAUUUCACCAUGGGUUGACCUCACGCAUUCAUUCCCUAGCAUAGUAAAGGACAACCCUGGCGACUAUAUCCCGCCCCAUGGCUUCUUGCAUAAGCCGUCGCUAGCAUGGCCCCCGCCGAACGAAGACGAGAUCCGAGAGAUUAACGAAGCCCUGAAGAAGAAUCCAGCCACCACGGAUAAGAAGAACGAGAAGAACGAGCCUCCGACAGGAGAGGCGAAUGUGUUCAAGGUCAGCGAGUCUGAGCCGACCCUGGGCCACGGUCGCCGACCCCCGUCUUUCGUGAUGAACGGCAAAACGAUAGAGGUAAAGGACCAGAUUCACAUGUACACGACCAACGAGCUGCUCUUCCAUCCCCUCGUUUCUCCUAUCUUCCAGCCUUCUCUCGGAGGACUCCCCCCUCUUCAGAUCAUUAGCGGUGGCGGCGAGAUGCUACGGGACGAGCAGUUCUACAUUGCUCACAAAGCGGCCAACCCUGUGGCCUACCCGCCGAACGACAGUCUCCUCGCCGAGCUCGACCCCAAGCGCGAAAUAGUCAACAAGUACCCCGGAACAUACGUCCAGCUCCAAGUCUGGGAUGAUCUGUGCCACGUGGCCCCCAUUCUCAGCUUCACCCGUCCUGCCAAAUACAUGUUCCGAUCAAUCGCGCAGUUCGGAGCGUGGGCGCUGGCGCGCGCGCAGGAUACAACGGUCGACAUCGUCAAUGAUGACGAAGUCUCCCCCAUCUCAUCAAGUGAGUCAGCAAGUCCCGAGACAUCUGACAACGAGGGCAGGGAAAAGGGACCUCACGAUCGACCGGGCAUUGCCGUAGGUAAAGCUGGUGACUCGCUGCCACCAUUCAAAGACCGGAUGAUUCGCCAGAGGGUGGAUAAACGAGGCCACAUAUACCCCCUUCCUCCCCCCCGCGACUGUCCAGCGCUUCAACUGCCCCCUUCAUCCGUCGGCACAAUCAACCCCGGCCUCCUCAUGAAAUGGAUGCUAGUCAAGGAAGAAUGGGAUCAAAAAUUUGCAAAAGAAAAGGCGCGGAUACACCAGUUACGGCUUGCAGGCCUUGCUUCCGGAUUUCAGGAUUUCGACGGCGAUACCCCGCCACCCAGCGCGCUGGCCGCGAGACGCUUCUCUCCAGGUGCCCUUCCACCAAAGGGUCUCCGCACCAGCUACCCUAUGACGAUGUGGGCCAGGUUUGCCACCAAGCACGAUAAGCGGACGAUUAAGCGUGAGCAAGAAAUGGACAGCCGGUCACAGCGGUCGAAUCGAGCCAGCGUCGACGCCGGACGAGCAGGCGCCUCGAUUGAGCACCAGGAAACCAAGGACAAAGCCGCGUCAAUCCCGACAGAGCCAGCGCAACAGUUGAAUGACAAGGUUCCCUAUUCUAAACCGCCGAGCAAUGAUAACAAGCCCACCGACUCGAACCCAUCUCUUGCCCAGGCCUCAUCGAACAAAUCCUUCGUCCCCGGCCCGUUCAUCGUCCUGCCGAACUACGAAGGCCCUGACAAGUCCGAAAACGCGAGCACACGCGCCCUCUUCCACGUCCCCGGCACCAUCAAACCCACAGCGCAAACCGCAGGCACGUCCAAAAGUUCGCAGGAUCUGGACCAACGCCCAUCGUCGCAGGGCGGCUCGGCGACCAUUCGCAGCGGGUUUACGGUUCAGUCUGACCCGGUGACGGACGACGCAGGGAGUACUAUUGGCGACGAAAAAUCCCUUGCUGUUACCACGUUGGGUGGUGUUGAUGCGGCAAGUACCCGCGCCGUGCUAAAUGCCGAUGGAGUGUUGAGGCCGUCUACGGAUAACAACUCCGUUUACGUCUCUGCUGACAGCCUUCCGCUAACUAACGGUGCGGAUCAUGAGAAGUAGAUGACAUAUUGUCUGCCAAUAUCUUUUCAUCUGUAAUAUAUAUGUUGGAGCUAGAUUGAUACCUAUCGUGUUUUGGUAUGAUUGCUUUUUGUUGCUGAUGUUGGUCUAUGUGAUGCUGGUUUGGAUGUACACUCGAAUAUGUCGAGAUUUAUGCCCUCUUGUGUAUCUAUACCCAUGCUAUAUAUGCCCUAUCCUUAAUAUUUACCCUGG